CUGACAUUGGCUUUAGUUUGGUGGGUGGGUAUAUUUAUGCAGCGUUUGGCUUUCAUCCUCGACCCGUAGGCGGAUAUUUCAAACCCAUUUUUCUUCUUAUUAAAUCUCUCUCUCUCUCUCUCUCUCUCUCUCUCUCUCUCAACUUCUCCUUCCAAUUCACAUUACCAUUCCCAGAGGUUGAGAUGGCAGCAGCAGCUACUUUUACUAUUGGCACCACCCACACAGGGAGGUCACUUCCUCAAUCAAACCCUUUUUGUUUGAAGUUCAAUUCCCAGGUUCAGUUUAAGAACUUCUCUGGCCUCAAAGCCAUGUCAUCUCUUAGAUGUGAGUCUGAAUCAUCUUUCUCUGGCAAUGAAACUUGUGCUGCUCUGCGUGCAACUUUUGCACCCAAAGCUCAAAAGGAAAACCGAAACCUCAACAGCAACUUGCAGCCUCAGGCAUCCUACAAAGUAGCUGUUCUGGGGGCUGCAGGAGGGAUAGGUCAACCGCUGUCACUUCUCAUCAAGAUGUCGCCUUUGGUUUCCGACCUGCAUCUAUACGAUAUUGCGAAUGUUAAGGGAGUUGCUGCUGAUAUCAGUCAUUGCAACACUCCCUCAAAAGUUUUGGAUUUCACAGGAGCUUCUGAGUUAGCAAAUUGUUUGAAAGGUGUGGAUGUUGUUGUUAUACCUGCUGGUGUUCCUAGGAAGCCUGGAAUGACUCGCGAUGACCUUUUCAACAUCAAUGCCGGUAUAGUUAGGGACUUGGUCUCAGCUGUUGCUGAUAAUUGUCCUGGUGCUUUUAUUCAUAUUAUCAGUAACCCUGUGAACUCUACUGUUCCUAUUGCUGCUGAAAUUUUGAAACAAAAGGGUGUCUAUGAUCCUAAAAAGCUCUUUGGUGUUACUACACUUGAUGUUGUGAGGGCUAACACGUUUGUUUCUCAGAGGAAGAACCUGAGGCUGAUUGAUGUAGAUGUUCCGGUUGUUGGGGGCCAUGCCGGGAUUACCAUUCUUCCUAUCUUGUCAAAGACAAGACCUUCAGUGAGUUUCACUGAUGAAGAAAUUGAUGAGCUAACAGUUAGGAUUCAAAAUGCUGGAACUGAAGUUGUUGAGGCAAAGGCUGGUGCAGGGUCUGCUACUUUGUCAAUGGCUUAUGCAGCUGCUAGAUUUGUUGAAUCGUCUCUUCGUGCUCUUGAUGGAGACGCUGAUGUGUAUGAAUGCUCAUUUGUACAGUCGGACCUGACCGACCUUCCGUUUUUCGCUUCAAGGGUGAAGAUUGGUAGGAAAGGAGUUGAGGCUUUAAUCCCAACCGAUCUCCAAGGGUUAAGUGAGUAUGAGCAGAAGGCUUUGGAAGCACUUAAGCCAGAACUUAAGGCCAGCAUUGAGAAGGGGAUUGCCUUUGCUAAUAAGCAAACUGUUGCUGCUUAACUUAUUUUGUUGAAAGCGUUUAUUCUAUAAUCUCUAGCGUCUUUAUGAGAGAAUGUCAACGGUGAUUUCCUGGGUAUGGAUUUGUUUGAGCACGAAUACUACUUAGAGAACAUAGGUUGCAUAUUUACUGUAGCAUCAUUUACUGCUUCCAGAACUUAGGAUUUGAAUUUUCCAUAAUAUCAAUUCUACUUCCAGUUUUGUUAGUAGAACUAGAACGGGAGGGAGCUUCCAUUUCUGUUUUCUAUAUUGAGCUAUAGUUUUGAUCAGAAAUCUCAAUAAAUUGUUACUAUCAUGUAGAAUUUGAAAAAUUAAACAUUGCAUUUUGAAUAGUAUGGCCCUUGGACCAGUUUGGUUUUUUAA